GUCCCGCCGGGAGCCCGGUGCGAGCGGGGUCCGCGCCAGCCGGAGCAGGAGGUGACUCUUCUCCUCCCUGGAGCGACAUGGAGCAGCUGAAGUGACCCGAGGAGCCGUCGCAGCGCUGGCCAGGAUGGGCUGUGUGCCCUGCAAAGAGAGGGGGGCUGGCAAAGGGCAGGCAGGGGGCGAGGGGGGCUCCCUGCAAGCCCCUGCCUCCCAGUACGACCCCGACCCCACGCAGCCAGGGGCCGCCUUCACCCGCAUCCCCGACUUCAACAACUUCCAGGGGCCAGCGGUGCCCGCGGCCCCGUCCUUCUCGGAGCCGGGGGGCUUCACCCCCAACGCGCUGCCGCCGCGGAGCGGGGGCAUCACAGGCGGGGGGGUGACGCUCUUCAUCGCCCUGUACGACUAUGAGGCCAGGACUGAGGAUGACUUGACAUUCCAGAAAGGGGAGAAAUUCCACAUCAUCAACAACACGGAGGGGGACUGGUGGGAGGCCAGGUCGCUGAGCUCGGGGGCCACGGGCUACAUCCCCAGCAAUUAUGUGGCCCCUGUGGACUCCAUCCAGGCAGAAGAGUGGUACUUUGGGAAGAUCGGGCGCAAAGAUGCGGAGCGGCAGCUCCUGUGCCAUGGCAACUCCAGAGGCACCUUCCUCAUCCGGGAGAGUGAGACGACGAAAGGUGCCUACUCCCUCUCCAUCCGGGACUGGGAUGAGGCCAAGGGAGACCACGUGAAGCACUAUAAGAUUCGGAAACUGGAUAGCGGGGGGUACUACAUCACCACCCGUGCCCAGUUCAACACCAUCCAGCAGCUGGUCCAGCACUAUAUAGAGCGGGCGGCUGGGCUGUGCUGCCGCCUGGCUGUGCCGUGCCACAAGGGAACCCCCAGACUGGCCGACCUCUCAGUCAAAACCAAAGAUGUGUGGGAGAUUCCCCGCGAGUCCCUCCAGCUGCUCAAGAAGCUGGGAAAUGGGCAGUUCGGGGAAGUCUGGAUGGGGACGUGGAAUGGCACCACGAAGGUGGCAGUGAAGACGCUGAAGCCGGGGACCAUGUCCCCUGAGGCCUUCCUGGAGGAGGCUCAGAUCAUGAAGCGGCUGCGGCACGACAAGCUGGUGCAGCUCUACGCCGUGGUGUCGGAGGAGCCCAUCUACAUCGUGACCGAGUUCAUGAGCCAGGGCAGCUUGCUGGACUUCCUGAAGGAUGGGGACGGUCGCUACCUGAAGCUGCCGCAGUUGGUGGACAUGGCUGCCCAGAUUGCGGCGGGCAUGGCAUACAUCGAGCGGAUGAACUACAUCCACCGGGAUCUCCGCGCUGCCAACAUCCUGGUGGGAGACAACCUCGUGUGCAAGAUCGCCGACUUCGGCCUCGCCCGCCUCAUCGAGGACGACGAGUACACGGCGCGGCAGGGUGCCAAGUUCCCCAUCAAGUGGACUGCUCCGGAGGCUGCGCUUUUUGGGAGGUUCACCAUCAAGUCGGACGUCUGGUCCUUUGGCAUCCUCCUGACUGAGCUGGUGACCAAAGGCCGCGUGCCCUAUCCAGGGAUGAACAACCGAGAGGUGCUGGAGCAGGUGGAGCGGGGGUACCGCAUGCAGUGCCCGGGGAGCUGCCCCCCAUCCCUGCAUGAGGUGAUGGUGCAGUGCUGGAAGAGGGAGCCCGAGGAGCGCCCCACCUUCGAGUACCUCCAGUCCUUCCUCGAGGACUAUUUCACUGCCACCGAGCCCCAGUACCAGCCCGGGGACAACCAGUGACCCAAUGCUGGCACUCCCAGGAAGCUCUGGGGUGACUUUGGGGUGAAUCUCUUCUUUUCUUUAGAAGUGGUUGCUUCCUUUGUCUGUGCCCCUCCAAAAUGACUUUUCGGGGGUGCUCAGGGUGCCCAGGGCAGACACAGGGCUUUGCACAAGGAUGCUGGACUCACAGAGAAGACAAAACUGUGCACCCCAUCCCCC